AGAUGAGAGUGUCUGUGGGAAAGGGAGAGGUAGGGGUGUUUUUUAUUUUUUUUUUAAUGGUUGGGUUUCUUUGAGGUUGGUUUGACCCACCUUCGCUCUUCAGCAAUGGUGGCUGGUCACGCGCUAUAUUCCUCUUCUCACCCUCUUCUUCCCCUCCACCAAAACCCUCCUUCCCCUUAAAUUCCCUCCUCCAUUUUCUUCGCAAUUCGCAUUCUGGGAAAAAAAUUUUUUUUUCCUUCACCUCCUUCCUGUCCCGUCUUCUCUCUGUUUUCCCUCCCCGGGGAAAGGAAAAAAAAAACCAGAGAGAGCUCUCAGAUCUUCCCCCUUCGUCGUUUUGCGAUCUGAUCUCGACCCCUGUCGAGUCUUUCCCUCGAUUCUUGCGAAAAAGCCGGGUUCUUGCCCGCGUCUCCGAUCCGCAGGUCGCUAAAACCCUAGAAAUUCGGACGCCCCCGUUCCGGCGAGAGUCCCCUUCCCCGGGAAAGAUCUUGAUCGCCAUCCAUGGGGAACUGCUGCGUCACGCCCCAGGUCGACGGCGACGAGAAGCGGGGCAAGAAGAAAAACCCCUUCGCCAUCGACUACGGCGUCAAUUACAACGUCAACGGCGGCAGCCACAAGCUCGCCGUCCUGAAGGAUCCGACCGGGACCGACAUCGGGCUCCGGUACGAGCUUGGCCGGGAGCUCGGGCGCGGUGAGUUCGGCAUCACGUACCUGUGCACGGUCAGGGAGACCGGCGAGGAGCUCGCGUGCAAGUCGAUACUGAAGAAGAAGCUGAGGACAGCUGUGGACAUCGAGGAUGUGAGGAGGGAGGUGGCGAUCAUGAAGCACUUGCCUCAGCACCCCAACAUCGUGACCUUGAAAGACACGUACGAGGACGACAACGCCGUGCAUUUGGUGAUGGAGUUGUGCGAAGGUGGGGAGUUGUUCGAUCGGAUCGUUGCCAGGGGACACUACACGGAGCGUGCUGCCGCUGCGGUGAUCAAGACGAUCGUCGAAGUUAUCCAGGUUUGCCACAAGCAUGGGGUGAUGCAUCGGGAUCUUAAGCCUGAGAAUUUCUUGUUUGCAAACAAGAAGGAAACAUCACCUUUGAAGGCAAUUGAUUUUGGGCUGUCGAUGUUCUUUGAUCCUGGUCAAAAAUUCAGCGAGAUAGUUGGAAGUCCAUACUACAUGGCUCCAGAGGUGCUUAGAAGGGAUUAUGGCCCAGAAGUGGAUGUCUGGAGUGCUGGAGUGAUCCUUUAUAUUUUGCUUUGUGGUGUCCCACCUUUUUGGGCAGAGACGGAACAAGGAAUUGCCCAAGCUAUUAUCAGGUCGGUUGUGGAUUUCAAGAGGGACCCUUGGCCAAAAGUUUCAGCUAAUGCAAAAGACCUUGUGAAGAAAAUGCUGGAUCCUGACCCGAAGAGGCGCCUUUCAGCUCAGGAAGUGCUAGAUCAUACUUGGGUACAAAAUGCAAAGAGGGCUCCAAAUGUUAAUUUGGGUGAGACUGUGAGGGCAAGGCUCAAGCAAUUCUCUGUGAUGAAUAAGCUCAAGAAACGAGCUCUGAAGGUAAUAGCUGAGCAUUUGUCUGUGGAGGAAGUUGCUGGCAUAAAGGAGGGAUUUCAAUUGAUGGACACAGGCAAUAAGGGCAAGAUAAACAUUGACGAGCUACGAGUUGGUCUGUACAAGCUUGGUCAUCAGAUCCCUGAUACAGAUCUUCAAAUUCUAAUGGACGCCGGUGAUGUUGACCGGGAUGGAUAUCUUGACUACGGAGAAUUCGUUGCUAUAUCUGUUCACUUGAGAAAGAUGGGCAAUGAAGAUCAUCUGCAAAAGGCAUUUGAGUUGUUUGAUCAGAACCAAAGUGGAUACAUAGAGGUUGAAGAAUUGAGGGAUGCCUUGGCUGAUGAAGUUGAUACCAGUGAAGAAGUUGUUAGUGCCAUCAUGCAAGAUGUAGAUACGGACAAGGAUGGGCGUAUCAGUUACGAGGAGUUUGCUGCGAUGAUGAAGGCCGGCACAGAUUGGAGAAAAGCAUCGAGGCAGUACUCAAGAGAGCGGUUCAACAAUCUCAGCUUGAAUUUGAUCAGAGAUGGAUCAUUGCAAGUAAACGAGGCAAAGAUGAGUUGACGAGGAGGAUGUUACAUCGGGGAGAACUAUGUAAACGAGUAGAGCGGGCCCUUACGAAUGAGAAGAUGGUGUAUUUGUUCUUUGGCUUUUCAGAAAUUGUUUUUCGUCGGUUUUUUGUUAUUUUUCUCCCCUUCCUUCUAGGGACCCAGGUAUGAAGAAAUUAGAGGAUUUGGGCCCCUGGCUGGUUAAUGUCUUCAAAGGAAUUGCUUUGUGUUUCUUUGGUUUGUUGUUGUGAAUUCCACUGGGAAGAG